UAAAAUGUUUAAUGAUUUAUAGUUAUUAAAACAGCUACAAACAUGGCUUAUGAAUGGUUGGAUCAGCAUUAUCCCUCAUUGUGAUUAAGCUCAAUACAUUCAAAACAUCAGCUGUGCUUUUCCCACUACACUUCAAACCAGCAGACUCUCAGUAUGAUGGAUUUGAUCUGUUUUGUCAUUAUAUUUUUGACACAGAUACUAAACGUGCCCGUUAUCUGUUCAGUUCACUCUUCAGCAAUCAGUAAGUGAGACAAGUGUUGAGCGCGCUCCAGCUCCAGAGAAAGACUCACCUGGCUGUAAUUUGAGCUCAUCAGAGGAUCCAUGAUGAGGCCCUAAGAGAGAAGCGAGUGUAACGGUCUGUUUCUGCACACUGAUCAAAAGAUUGCGCUGAAACAUUGGGACUUUAAACAAAAAUACAGAUUACAGUCACAAAGCAGAUCAAUAUAUUCUUGAAACUUCAAGCUUCAAAGCCACUUUGCCUUUAAGCAGCACUUAUUUGUCAUCAAAGUGUGACUGAUCCCAAUUAAGCUUGAUUAAGCAGCACACCUGUCUUCAGUUAUGCAUCCUCUGGGGGCUAUAAAGGCUCUCCAAAGAGGAUGGCCAGAUCCAUUUGCUAGAAAACGACAGUUUCUGAAGCUCUGCAGCGCUCUUGAUUACGUUUUGCAACGCCAUCUCCAACCAUGGGAAAAGAGAAGACUCAUGUUAACGUGGUGAUUAUCGGCCACGUUGACAGUGGGAAAUCCACCACCACCGGACACCUGGUCUACAAGUGUGGAGGAAUUGAUCAAAGGAGGCUGGAGAAAUUUGAGAAGGCUGCGAAUGAAAUGGGGAAGAGCUCCUUUAAAUUUGCCUGGGUGCUGGACAAGCUGAAAGCUGAGCGGGAGCGAGGAAUCACCAUCGAUAUCACGCUGCUGAAGUUCAACACCCAGAAAUACAUCAUGACUGUAAUUGAUGCUCCGGGCCACCGUGACUUCAUCAAAAACAUGAUAACUGGGACGUCACAGGCUGACGUUGCCCUCCUGGUGGUCUCUGCAGCCAAAGGAGAGUAUGAGGCCGGCGUGUCUCGGAGUGGUCAGACCAGAGAGCAUGCCUUGCUGGCUUAUACUCUAGGUGUGAAGCAAAUCAUAGUCUGUGUGAACAAGAUGGACCUGACCGAGCCACCUUACAGCCAGAGCCGCUUCGAGGAAGUGAUGCGAGGGGUGAGCGGCUUCCUCAGGAAGAUUGGCUACGACACCACGGCUGUGCCCUUCGUUCCAGUUUCAGGCUGGACUGGGGAGAACAUGAUCACCGCAUCUCAAAGGAUGCCGUGGUUUCAAGGCUGGAAGGUGAGACGAAAGGAAGGGAAUAAAAGUGGGAAGACGCUGCUUGAAGUCCUGGACUCGAUUCAGCCACCUGUGCGCACAGUCAACAAGCCACUACGAUUACCUCUGCAGGAUGUCUACAAAAUUGGAGGAGUUGGGACUGUGCCAGUGGGUAAAAUUGAAACUGGUGUCCUGAAGCCUGGCAUGAUGCUGACGUUCUCCCCUGCCAAGCUCACUGCAGAGGUAAAGUCUAUUGAGAUGCACCACCAGGGGCUGGAGACGGCUCUGCCCGGCCACAAUGUUGGCUUUAACAUCAAGAACGUGUCCGUGAAGAACCUGCGGCGUGGGGACGUGGCUGGGAACGCUCAGCAGGAUCCUCCUUCAGAUGUUAAAAGCUUUGACGCUCAGGUGAUAAUCCUGAACCAUCCAGGGAAGAUCAAAGCAGGCUACUCCCCAGUUCUGGACUGCCACACAGCCCACGUCACCUGCCGUUUCGCUGAGCUGAAGGAGAAGCUCGACCGCCGCACGGGCAAGAAGCUGGAGGACCACCCGCAGAUCCUCAUGUCUGGAGAUGCGGCCACAGUCAAACUGGUCCCCAUCAAGCCCAUGUGUGUGGAGAGCUUCUUCACAUACCCUCCUUUAGGUCGCUUCGCGGCGAGAGACCUGAAGCAGACGGUCGCUGUAGGAGUCAUCAAGUCAGUGGAAAAGAACCACGGCUCAAAACUGCACAAAGCUCAAGUUUGUAAAUAAGUUUUUGGUUUACCAGAGGUCUGGUAAUGCUGCUUCAUGGGAAGAGUUUUAUUUGAUGAAAUGUAUUUGUGUUGUGACACAAAAAGCUUAUGUUGUCUUUAAAGUGUAUAGUAUUCCUGUGUUGAUAAACCCAGAAGUAGAGUUUGGUUGGUUUUUUGGUUUAAAAUUGAAUGUCUCAAAAUAAAAUGGUGUGGAGAAGAACUGGUUUAAGUGUCUUUACUGUUGAACCGUCAACGGCAUCUUAAUGUACAUCUGAAAGAACUUCAACUAAACUCUCCUCAGGGAUAGUCUUAAAUAUUGCUUAAAGCUGAAUGAGAAGCCUCAGCAUCUCAUGGUGCACAACAUCUCCAGUUUGUAAUAAAGUCAUGCUUUAAAUUGUAAAGCACCAAAUGCAGAGUUUAUUGGUUCUAAUGAGUAUGGUCUGGAUUUUCAAGUUCGUUUACAACAGCCG